AUGUCCAUCGCGAGUGCCGGCACGAAUAUGGUCUCUAUGUUGAUCCCCGGUGGUGGCCUUCUAGGGGCCGUUGGAUCAGCUACCGGUCUUUUCGCGAUUUGCGCAGUUUGUGGUAUCUGCCUACGAUGGUGCUUCGUGAAGUUAAAGCAGUGCUGGCGAGGUUUUGACAUUCGAGCCGUUUGUGGUAUGGACAAGCUCUUCCUGGCAUGGGGCUUUGACAAGUACCCGAGUUUUCCUAUUACGGUCACUAUUCACUCGGCAAAGGACUUCAGGAAUACGUCACUCCUGGGGUCAGCUAAUCUCUAUGUUGUGGUGGAGGCGAAGUAUGAGUGUUGCAAGAGCAUGGUGCAAUGGUCUGUCGAAAAGCAUUUUUUUAAGCAAGCUGAUAAGUUUUUGAACGCCAGAAAGGAUCACAAACUUCACGCUAAGGACGGCAGUGUGGCUGGACAACUGGCCCUCACUUUUCGGAAAGAUGGCGAAGUGCUAGAUGUGAUGGGUGACAACGUACAGAGGAAUGUCACUGGUAGUAGGAAAGUGAAGGUUCUCGCGUCGGUCUUACAAGGCCGACUCGAACGUCGGAAGGCCACAAGGCGUCUUGGGGGUAGUGGGAAAGGGAAGGAAGUAUUCGCAGCAGUAUGCGAGUUGCUCCCCCGGAGUAGUAGUGACUCUGAGCCCGAUAUAGAUGAGCUUAAGAAGAAGGCCCAGGAGAAGGGCUGGGCCAGGGACUAUGUCCCGUUGAAAUGGUUUUGGUGCCUCUGGGAAAGCCGACGAGAAUUCGAAAAAGAUCCGGAAGAUCCGGAUGUGAUGAUUUCGGUAUUGUCUAUCACAUCAGUCCACCGCGACACAGAGCAGUCCAACUACUUUUCCUUUAAAUACAAGAACAGUGAGGGAAAGAGUAUUGAGGAGCGGUAUAGGACAAUUAGAAGGGAUCGAGAGGUGUGGGUGGACGGAUUGGAGCUCUUACGGUUGGAGUGUCGGUUGUUGAAGAAAGCGGAAAAUGACAAGUUGGCGUAUUGGAGGAGUAGGCCGGUGGCUGAACAGAUGGACGUAUGGAAAGAUGAGCUUCGUAGAAGAGGAUAUGCUGAUGAGGAAAUCACUGAGUAUUAUAAUCAUGUAUUGCUACAGUCUAUGUCGAAAACAGAGCGGGAAAGGGCCAUAGCCCAGGCCCAAAGGGUGGUCAUCCCUGGGGUCAGUGUUCCUCACAGGGAGGGGCGACCACAGGGAAGUGAAGGGGAUAGGGAACCGGCCGGUGUGGUAGAGGCGGAAAAGUCUCAGCCGAGAGUGGUCCAAGGGAAGCCGAAGUCCAUCCCGAAGGCUCCAAGCCCUUCACCCCCCUCACCCAGUGGAGGGCCUAAGAAGGGGGUUGAUAUGUCGUCAUCUCCUCCUCCCGAGUCGUUAUCGUCCGUAUCCUCCACCUCGAGUGCUCCCCGAAGUGCUUUUUACCAUCCCUUGCGCAAUUCGCAAGGUCGUUUCUAUCGGACUAAACGGCAUGGACCAGGCAACGGUCUGCGAAUGGUCUUCGACUCGGCUAUAAAGAAUAAACUUGAGGACGCUGGUAUCCUCGCGGAAUUGUUCGUUGCCCACACACUCCAAGAGAUCUAUGCUGAGGAGUUCUCCCUUGACUGGUGGAAGACCAGCGCAAGGACGGCCUGCUAUCCGGACCAUGGUCGCGAUGGUGUGGACGAUCGGCUCGGGUAUGAUUUCGAAUUACUCGAUACUAAAGGUGUCUUCUCUAAGGCGUCGGAGGAUGGUCCUCGUUGGGUCCGACUUGAAGUGAAGGGAACAUUGCGGUCUGAGGGCACCAUCAAGUUCGAGAUGUCCCGUAACGAGCUCGCUGUUGCCCAGAACCCCGAUGCUGACUAUGUUGUUGUUCUGGUUAAGAACGCGGCCGGGGAUUGCCCAGUCAUUCAAACUGUCCUCACUAACUUCUUCUCGAACAUUGAAGAGAAGCGCGUUGCUUGCAAGCCGAGUCAAUACUCUAUCACUCUAGCUGACCCUGAGCUAUACCACAGUGUUCCUAGCGAGAUUGCUAAGAAAAGGCCUUCAGACACGGAGUCUAAAAUGAUGCUCAAAGCGGACGAGAAGAAACUGUGCGAUCGAGCUAAACGUAUGAAGCGGAAAGAGACUAGUGAAACCCAAGUUACUGAAACUGAGAUGCGAGAGUAUCAAAAACGUCGAAUGAGAUGA